UGCGGUGUCAUUGACCUUUUAUUUGUGUUAAUUUUCAAGAAUUGUGAUUUUUUAGGUAUUAUUGCACGCUAUUAAUUGAGAAAAAUUGUGAAAAUCAAUUAGUGAAGAAGUGUUCGUUUACAAGUAGAAAAUUUAUAUUCCGUUUUUAUUUUUAUCUAAUAGAUAACGGACCGCUAAACAAAAACUAUAUCUAUAACAUGACUUUUAUUUACUUCUGACCUUGCGGUUAAUCAAAACUGUAGAGAGUACUGUAAAUACCGUAAUCUCGCGAUAAUUACAUAAAUAAGAUCCACCGACGAGAUUUUCCACAAUUGUGUCAGUGAUUUCCACUUGAAAUGUCACGAAAAAUCGGAAUAGUCGGCAGUGGCCUUAUUGGCCGCUCAUGGGCCAUGUUGUUCGCCAAUGUGGGCUACCAAGUCGUUAUUUACGACAUUGAGCCCAAACAAAUCAAGUCGGCUUUAGCCGACAUUGAACAACAGUUGAAACUUUUGGAAAAAAACGGACUUUUACGCGGGAAAUUGAACUCGAGUCAACAGUUUGCAUGCAUUAAAGGCACGACCAGCUUGGCCGAGGCCGUGAAAGACGCCGUUUUGGUCCAAGAAUGCGUCCCUGAAAACCUAGAAUUGAAAAGGAAAGUCUGGAAAAGCGUGGAUGACGUCGCUGGCCCCAACACGAUUUUCUCAAGCUCGACGUCGUCUUUCCUCCCGUCAUUAUUUUCCGAUCAUCUCAAAAACAAGAAAAACCUAGUGGUUUCGCACCCGGUGAAUCCCCCUUAUUAUGUGCCUCUUGUCGAGAUUGUGCCAGCCCCAUGGACUGACCCGGCAGUUACUAAAAAAACUCGCGCUAUUAUGGAGGAAAUUGGGCAAACUCCCGUUUCCCUCUCCAAGGAAGUCAACGGUUUCGUGGUCAAUCGACUCCAAUACGCCCUUUUGAACGAAACUUGGAACCUCGUCUCCGAUGGAGUCCUCGACGUCAAAGACAUCGAUAAAGUCAUGUCUGACGGUUUGGGCAUGCGGUACGCCUUUUUGGGCCCCCUUGAAACCACUCAUCUCAACGCUGAAGGCUUCGUCGACUAUUGCAAAAAAUAUUCAAACACGAUUUAUUCGGUCAGUAAGGACUUUAAACCGUUGCAGAAAUGGGAAGGCCCCCUUGUUCAAGAAAUCGCCAAACAAUUGGAAAGUGCAGUCCCCCUUGAUAAGUUACAGGAACGCAGGAAUUGGAGGGAUUUGGCGUUGACUAAAUUGAGUCAAUUGAAAAAAUCAUUGUAAUACGUAAUAAAACGUUUAUGAUUU